GAAAAAUAAUAAAUACCUAACACAUUUUAGAUGGCCAAAGUGACUAGUAAGAUUUGAAUAAGUGAGUGUAUUGUAAUAGUACUUACCUAGGUCUAUAUAGGCUGUAGCAAAAUCCAAAAUAUUACCUCCCAUCAAGUACGUAUUUUUUACUUCAUUCCCUUAUUUCUUUAAAAUAUUUACGGUACCAAACCAUGAGAAUAUUCCUUAAAUGAUAUUUUAAAUAAGUAAAACAAUGAUUUUGUAAAUACAGUACUAAGUGGUCAAACCAGCAAUGAAAAUUUGGUAUGAUCACAUUUUCUUUUUACAAAAAAAGGGAGAAAUAUUGUUAAGGUAGUAUUUACUUAAAUUGCUGAGCAAGAAACAAAAAAAAUACCCAAAAUCAAAGCAGGUGUUUGCUUCCCCUAAAAAAAUAUUUGAAUACACUGUUUUUCUAUAUUCUUGUAGCUAUUCUUAAUUUUAACACGCUACUCGCUAGUACUUAAGUACCUACUUAAAAUACUAUUUAAGGGUGAUAAAAUAAAAUUUUAUUUCACUUUACUAAAAUACUUCACGAGAGCUUAACGUUUUAAAAAUGAUUCGUAGAUUUCUGAAAAGUUUAGAGGACCCCCGGUAUCCUCUUUUGGCUCCUAACCUGUGGAUGCUUAAGAAGAUUGGAAUGAUCCUCCCCGAAGAUAAAACCGCAAAAAUCUGCUAUUUAAUAUUACAUGAAAUAGUCACAUUUUUUGUCAUCACGCAAUACAUAGAACUAUACGUGAUACGAUCGGAUAUGGACCUUGUGCUCACAAAUCUAAAAAUAUCAAUGCUAAGCAUCGUUUGUAUUGUGAAGUCAAAUACAUGCGUGGUAUGGCAGAAAAACUGGGUUGAAGUGAUCAACUACAUCACCACCACAGACAAGGAAGAACGGGAUGAUACAAAUCCUCAGCGCAGCUCAGUUCUCAAAUCGUAUACCAAAUACUGCAGGAAGAUCACUUAUUUCUACUGGGUAUUGGUUUUCAUCACCUUUAUAACUGUGGUAACCACUCCCUUUAUAAAACACCUCUCAGAGACAUACAUUGAGAAUAUCGACCCAUCAGAGUUGAGCGACAAUUUCGAACAUAUCUUCAGUUCUUGGGUGCCAUUUAAUAAAAAUGAGUACCCUGGAAGCUGGAUCACAAUUGCGUGGCACGUGUUCGUAUGUGCUUACGGGGCAGGGACAAUGGCUGCAUUUGAUGUGAGUGCAAUGGUAAUGAUGGUGUUUUUCGGUGGUAAAAUUGAUCUUUUGCGACUACGAUGUCAGGGCAUAUUUGGAAAUAUGGAAAAAGGCUUGAGUGAUGAAGAAACUAGUCAAAUGUUUCUCCGCUUGCAUCGCGCCCAUGUUCUUCUGCUUAGGUAUUCCAGGAUGUUCAAUUCUAUGUUAUCACCAGUAAUGUUCUUGUAUGUGGUGAUGUGCUCUUUGAUGUUGUGCGCGAGUGCCUUCCAGUUGACGUCAGCAAGGAGUGCGACCCAGAAGUUACUGAUGGCAGAAUAUUUAGUAUUUGGCACAGUGCAGCUUUUCAUGUACUGCUGGCACAGUAAUGACGUUCUAUAUAAGAGUGAACGCGUUACCCUGGGGCCAUAUGAGAGCGACUGGUGGAAGACGUCUGCGAAACAGCAGCGAAGCCUGUUGCUGCUUACCGGACAACUGAACAAAACCAUAUUCUUUACAGCUGGCCCUUUCACGUACCUCACCUUGCCUACAUUCAUAACUAUCCUGAAAGGUGCUUACAGCUAUUACACGUUGCUUAGAAAGUAAAUAAAGUACAUACAUAUUUGGUUUAUUAUAAGUAAUGUAAUGACACUCUAAAUUCAGUUUUGAUGUAGAAGUAAUACCUACUUACCUACAAUAUUUCCCGAAUUUCUAAAACUUGUUCAGAGAUUCCCCUUUUGCAAAAGCCAGCCUGUAUAUUAGGUAGAGGUACCCACUUAGUGACGUCACUAUUAAUAAAGGUAAAAACACCAAACAUUGUAUGGUUAUUUUAGCAUUACCUACGUAAUAUUAUAAGGUAGGUAUUAGUAAAUAUAAUAAAUGGCAACCGACAACCGUGUUUAAUUAUCCUUA